CACAAAGCCUGUAAGGACAUUUUAAUGUGAGUCCGGGUGACAUUUGUUGAAUAAUUGUUGUGUCUUUUAGAAGGAGAAGAUGCUAAAGGGGCUCUAUGUAGCUUUGGAGAGGAAAUCCAAACUUGGAAUUAUGAGUUCACACUGUUUACUCUUCACUUAUGUUGUCACUGCGUUAUCUCUGCACUUUGUAGGUUUAUAAUAGAAAUUCAAACUCAGAAUUGUAAUAUUUACAAUAUUGACAAUGUAAUAAUACUAAUAGCGUGAUGUUUAUUUCUCCAUAACUGAAUAAACAAGCUGUUCUCAGAGGAAUAUAAGGUCCAGAAGACUGUUUGAAGCUUGUAAGGUGGCAGGGUCCACCAAAUAUAAACAAAGUAAAACAGUACUAAGCUGUGUUGUCCUUUAAGGUCAGUUUGCAAACAGAGAAUGCUUAUUUAGUUGGUUUAGGCACAAAAAUAAAUUAGUCAAUGAAGAUCUUUGUUUCUACACAGUGCACCUUUAAUAAAACCUCAAGGCUGGUAUCACAUCUUUGCUUUUCUCUUCAGUAUACUCUCACCGUUUUGUACAGUUUACCAGCACCGCCGAGGCCUUUCUUUCUCCUUCUCAUCUUCUUCUCUUACUGAUUUUUUUCACUGCAGUGACAUUCAGAGCAGCUUCAAACACCAUACUCCCAUCAGCCUAGGAACCCUUUGCUUUCAAUCAGCCCAUCUUUUUAAUCUUAUCCUCACCUAUUUUUAAUUAAAAGUCAAAGGCAGACCCUUUUUAAUGAAUGGCCUUGAAAGAAAAAAAAGGGGAAUAACACUUCAAAAAUACCAGACAAAUAUCCCAUCAGUGAGUGAAGGCUUUUGUUUAGGCAGCCAGACCUACCAUCCUGUCCACCUUUUUCUCCAGCGUUAUAAAUGACCAGGCCUGAUUUUCCAAACAUCAACCACACCUCCAGAGCAUCUCACCAGCCCACGCCACUUCAGUCCAGUCCUCUCUGACAUUUACAUUCACCCACUAAAUAUCGGAGCCGAGAUGAGCUUUGGGAGAAGUCUCAGCCAACACUGAUGUGCAGCGUGUGAUUCUUAAAACGUGCCGUAAUCUCACAGCUGAGCUUGCUGCUGGUAGAGCCUUCAUUAAUUAGCAGAUAACCUUUAUAUAAGGCGCAACAACAUGAUUGGUUUGCUAUUGUUGUGCCUUAUCCUUGGCGAAUCACCUAUUGUCCCCUUUGAAUAAUUGAGACCAGUGGAUUUUGCCUGUUUUAUUUUUCCCUUGGUCAGCAACUAGCUACUAGUUUUGUCCCCAAGAUCAAUUGCCUCGCUAACACAACCAGAGGGAGAGAGAGCGGGAGAGAGAGUGGGAGAGAGAGGUAGAGAGAGAGAGGGAGAUUUGUGCCCACAAUGGCGACUGUAGGUAUGCUAAAUACCUCUGGUUCCUUAUCCGGGAACUACCUCUUACUCUGCGAUUGGGCCACUGGGUCACGUGGUAAAAGUAACUUUACAGGGCUGCUCGCAAGUAGGAGGGCUUUAUGGAGCAGAAAAACGACAAAGCUAGAAAAAUUAUUUUCCACUCCAGAAAUUAAUGAUCAUGAGCUCGUAUUUGAUGGAGUCUAACUACAUUGAUCCGAAAUUUCCUCCAUGCGAGGAAUAUUCGCAAAAUAACUACAUCCCCGAGCAUAGUCCAGAAUAUUACAGCCGCGCAAGGGACUCUGGCUACCAGCAUCACCACCAGGAGUUAUAUCCUCCGCGGGCGAGCUACCAAGAGCGCCAGUAUAACUGUGCAAGCAUCCCUGAACCUGACACGCCACGGGGACAUGGAGUACCCCAAUCUGCGCACCUGCUGACAGGGAAAGGGCAACCUGCUUCAUGUGAAACCCCACAGUUGUCCAUGUCCCCCGCCACCCCACCGGCCGCAACCUCCGCCUGCAACCAAGCUACCCCGGAGCAUCCAAACAGCACAGCCUCCUCCAAGCAGCCCGUGGUGUACCCGUGGAUGAAGAAAAUUCACGUCAGCACUGUGAACUCGGCUUACAAUGGGACGGAGCCCAAGCGGUCUAGGACAGCAUACACCCGGCAGCAGGUCUUAGAAUUGGAGAAGGAAUUCCACUAUAACCGAUAUUUAACUCGGCGGAGGCGCAUCGAAAUCGCCCACACCCUGGUUCUCUCCGAGCGACAGAUUAAAAUCUGGUUUCAAAACCGCAGGAUGAAAUGGAAAAAGGAUCACAGGCUGCCGAACACCAAAGUGAGAUCCUCCUCCUCCUCCUCCGGGUCCAACACAAGCUCAGCAGCCGGCGCUGUUGCCGCUGCCUCGGCCACUAACACUGGGGCCCCCGACGAACUCACCGGAGCACAGCAUGGCGAGGAUAUUACCAGGUUAUAAAAAACCACGAAGCAACACUGGGGGUAGAAAAAGAACUGGUUAUUUAUAGAACAAUUAUAUAUUUUGUUUUCGUAGCUAUCUUGUGCGGUUUCCUUUAAGUCCAAAGUUAUAUAAAAUGCAUGUUAUAUAGCAUGGAUUACUGCGAAUACCGAUGAAUUAUUUUUACGUGACACAGGGUUUAAUUUAUUUGAAGCUCAAUUAAAAAAAAAAUGUUUUUUAUGAAAAAAAUGUUUUGAAUGAAGGAAAAAAAAAGUAGAAAAAAUAUUACAUUUUAUCGAAAUGUUAUUGUGGGGCCAUUCUUUUUGCCCUGCUGCCCAAUAAGGUGAAAUGCACAAUCUAUUUAUUUCAAACAAACACUGGAAGGAAAAUCAAUAUAAUAAUAGUUAUUUUUGGUAUUAAAAAAAGGCUGGAACACACCAUUGAUCUUGAACUUGUAUGUUUUGGAUAAUAACAAUGUGUGGAAAUUACCUCGUGUAUUUCAGAAACAGGAAUUUUUUUUUUCUUUUGGAUUUUACUAUUUAGUUCUUUGUGGUGUUGAUGUUGUGUUUAGACCGUUAAAAAGCAGAUUAUUGUGAAAUGCAAUAAACGGAGUGUAGUGUACUUGUGCUAAUCAUAUUGGUCAAUAAAACAGUGAGUGUCUACUAGUUUUACAUACGUUUGGUCGAACUUCAUUUUAGGCAAGAUGAGGUCUGCUAUUUGUUUAUCAUUAUUUUUAGGGUUUUUAUUUUGUUUUGUUUUUUUUCUUGGUUGUUUCUCUGGCUGUGUACAGACGUGUGAAUACUUGAACAUUUCAUAAGAAGGGGGAACAAGAAUCACUGUGUUUUUAAACUGUGUAGGUCCUGCAGCUCAUUUUUGGCGUCUUUUAAUAUUAGCAGUGUGUACAGACUGUGUGUGUGUGUGGGUGUGUGUGAUUGCUUGUGUGUGUGUGUUUGUGUGCGUGUUAAAGCCUGACUCAUAAUGGACUGAAGUUAUUUCUAAAAAAAAAAAAAAAAAAAUCUGGGUACAAAAAAAAAGAAGAAAUAGUUUGCGCCAUGCAUUAUGUGCAACCUCAUCAGUCUGAAGGGCAUUCAAUUAACGCCAGUGAGGCCCUCCACUCCACACUGCACUGCCUCUGCCACCACUGAAGCUCUCUCUGCUUCCCUCGUCCUGCCUUGAACACAACAACAACAAACAAACCAACAACAACAACGACAACAAAAAAAGCUGCAUGCGAUUCAUUUAGAGGACGUUUGCAAUGUGUUAGAGAUUAUAGAUUGUUGUGAACAUUUUGUAACCUCAAGUAGUUGCCCUGCUUUUUCUAUUAUCUAGUAGUCCACUGCGCCAUGAGGGUUUUCAAAUGUAAAGAAGAGAAAUAAAAAAU